GUCCCUCUCUCUCCAGUACCCUCCCACUGCUUGCUAUCUCCCUCCCCUCGCUCCUUCAAAGCCAGCAGUCUGCUACUCUGCCCAGGCUGCACGCUACACGAUCUCCCGGAAAACCAGCGUCCGCCGCUGCCCUCUCUCCGCUCCAUGCUCGAGCCCUCCCACCAAUUCCAGCCUCCGCCGACCGCAGGAUGCCCCUCCGCGAGGAUUGAUCCCCCCUCUCCCCCUCUCGCUCUCCCCUCCCCCUCCCCUCUCCUCGUCUCCCGCCCUCUGACCCCCAGUGCCCCCCGCUCUCCCGUCCCGCCGCCCUUCCCUCUCUCCCUCGCCCCCAGCCUCCACGUCCUCACUCGCCCCUCAGCCUCUUGAUCAUGUUGCCAUGUGCCCGCUGGACCCCGUCGCUCCUGGUCUUCUGGUUCUGCUCCUUCGUUUGGACUCGGGGGAAAACUGCCCGUCCACCUGCCUCUGCCCCGACCCGCACACCGUGGACUGCAGCGGCCGAGGGCUGACCCGUCUGCCCGAACAGAUCCCCCUGGACGUCCGCCGCCUCCUACUCUCCGACAACUGGAUCCCUCGCAUCCCCUCCGACUUCCUGGUUCUGUACAGCGACCUGGUCUACCUGGACCUGCGCAACAACUCCCUCUCCCGCAUCGAACCAGGGACGCUCAGCACCUCGUCCAGGCUGGUGUUCCUGGACCUGGGCAGCAACAACCUGACGGAGAUCCCCCAGGGGACCUUCGGAGAGUCCCGGAGCCUGAUCAAGCUGCGUCUGGGGAACAACCCGUACCUGAGCACGGUCAACGAGGACGCGUUCCUGGGGCUCACCUCCCUCCGGGAGCUGGAGCUGGAGCGCAACGCCCUGUCGGGCCUGCAGGUGGGGGCGCUGAGCCAGCUGCCCUCCCUGCGCGUGGUGAGACUGGAGGGGAACCCCUGGGUGUGCAACUGCAACUUUGCCAACCUGUUUGAGUGGCUGAUGGAGAACAGCCACAAGCUGCCCAACGGUGUGGAGGGUAUGGAGUGUUCCCUGCCCAUGGAUGGCAGACGGGUCGCCCUCACGCAGCUCUCCACGGACAGCUUCCGGGAGUGCCAGGUCACCCUCACCCUGACCGACCUCCUGAUCAUCAUCUUCUCCGGCAUCUCGGUGUCGGUGGUGGCCAUCAUGACCAGCUUUUUCCUGGCAUCCACCGUCCACUGCUUCCAGCGCUGGAGCAAAGGCACCAAGAAGGGCGACGAGGAGGAGAGCGAGGAGUGAGACGGACGGACGGACGGACGGAACGCCUGACAAGCUGUGACCAUCAGCGGUGCUGGCAACUGGUCUGUCUGGCUGAGGAACCAAUCAGGAGAGCUGACAGUGAGACGGGCUGUUUGAUUGACAGGUGUAGCACCGCUGUGAACCCCCGGUGGUUCAUCAUGGAAGGUGUUCUGGUGGAGGGGGCUGUUCUGGACGUUAUUGUGCUUCGAGACAGAUUUCUUUUUAACAAGUGUUACUGUGGGACAGCUGGAGAAUCUUAGAACUAAGUAUUAGCAUCCCAGGCAGUGGGGAUUAUGACAGAAUUCUGUGGUGUUGCCCUGUAACCUCAGAUCCACUGUGGUACAGGAUAGUGGUUUGGUUUGUGUAGAAGGAUGUCAUUGUGAACAAGGUCCUCAGCAUCUAGACUGCCAGCUAUCUACACAACUGUAUGGCCUUUCCUGCCUUCUGAAGGAAGUCUUCAGCAUUAUUAGUCUAGUCCUGGACUGUGCAGCACAAGUUAGCAUCAUGCCUCACUGCUUCACCAGCAAAUAGUAGAGGACGGUAUUGCUCUCGUGGGAUGCUUGGUUGAGACAGAGAAAAGGUCUUGGUAAGAUGGAUGUGCUGAGUUCAAAUGUGUCACGUAUCUAUCAUAUGCAGUUAGACUCCUCUGUGUGUCUACCCAUGUUUUAUUUUAUUUUUAUUUUAUUUUUGAGACACAAUCAUGUAUUCACAAAUGUGGAUCAUGAUUCAAUAAUAUUUAGUUGGUUGACAAAUAUAUACAUCUUCCAAAGGAUAUAUGUUGCUUAGAUUGAGAAGAAUUGUGAAUUGUGUAAACAAAAAGAAAACAAUAUAUCACACGAUAUUUCUUUCAAUUAUUGUAAAUGAGGUGCGGGCAUAGCACAUACUACUCCUUAGAAUCAAUAUGUCAAAUUAUGCACUUUAUAAAAUGGUGAACAUUAUACAUCUGAUUUUGGGCAAGCCCAAAUUCAAUGGUGGAACUAUGAUGCUGCCUGUAUCUGCCAAAGGUAAGGAGUAGAUGAGAGGGAAUUAUAAAUGUGGGUAUUUCAUUGUGUAUAACAUGAUAGAGCUAGUCCUGUAGCAAGUGGCUGCAGUAUAGUCAAACACAAUUACUUGAUGUAAAUGUAAAAUCCCUUUGACAGUCUUCAUGGUGUGGAUCACAGUUUACUUCCAAACACUGACGUCUAAGUUUUCAUCAAGGAUUGACACAGGCCAUCAACCAGCUGAGUUUAUGAACCGAUUCCUCCACUUAGAAACCCACCAUUUUGUUUCUAGUGUUUUGGAAAUUUGUACAAAGUAGCAACACAGCUCUUCUACUGAGAGCCUUUGUUACCUUCUCACUUUGCAUGAAUCCUAAUAAAAAGCAAUGGCCACAAGAUAUUCAAACUAUAUUUAUUUGUCUUGCCCUGAGGCAUAUGAAAUAUGGAUGGCAUGUAAGUGUCUGUUUCAUGGGCAGUUAAGUAUCAGUAUUAAGAUGAUCAUUCAUGCCAUGAGAGCUUUGACAAGAAAAAAGCAUCCUGGUUGUAGAGUCAAUAAAGAGUUGGAAGGCUUCGUGUGAAGGGAAAGUGUUGGAAGAACACGUAGCCUUCCAGCUUUUUAUUGACUCUACAACCAGGAUGCUUCACACCCAGGAAGUCCAAGCAUAUGUAUCCCUGUUUCUGGAGGGAAACCAAAUCUAAAAGUCUACAGUAAAGUUCUUAGCAAAUCCUCAGCCCGUUUUGAAGACGUUGUAUUAGCCGUCGCCAAGCUCUCGGCAUCCAAAAGGUAUAC